ACUGGUCGAAAUCAACCCAGUCCAACGUUUCUUCUUCUUAUUUGGCCCAGAAACAACUUGUUGAAUCGAGUCCCACACGUCACCAGGUUAAAGGAACAAUUGUUAAAACUAUAUGGGAUUAAGAUGCGUCAGCUGAAGGGAAAGGUGAAGGAGACACGCAAGCAGAAGAAGGAGCGUAAGCUGGACAACCUGAAGAGCCAGGCCAAAAUCCGCACCGUGGUGCUGCCGGCGCUCGGCGUUUUGGCUGUAUUCCUUGUGCUGUUCGUCUAUCUGAAGACCCGCCCUGCGGUCUUCGCCUAACGUUGUCAUAAAUUGUAGUUCAUAGUCGCGGGCAGUGCAAUUAAAUCCUUGUAAAGACAUAUAGCUUUAUUAGUAAGAUUAAAUCGCAGUUCGUCCAUCCA